GGUUUAUGUUGCCAGGGAGUGAUUCACAACCAUAGAGACACAAUGGAGCUGCAGUUACAAUGUAAAUAGCAGGUGCCUGUUCUUUCAACUCACACAGAACAUUUUUACUGUCACUCUAACUCGGGCAGUGCUAUGCUAAAAUGCUGUUGUCUACGGACUGCUAGCAGCUAGCUUACUGUUGUUUUGCGCUAACGAAUCAGCUUUGUGAUAUACCAACAACCCCGUUAGCUACCGUUAACGUUACCUGCUUGAGCUCUGCUACUGGCAUUGGCUGUAUUUUCCUCUGCUAGCUAACCUAGAUAUUAUAACUGUCUAGAUAAUCUGUCUGAGAGGUAUUAUGGAGUUUUCUUUCGAUAUUAACCAGUUAUUCCCCGAGAGAGUCUCCAUCUUGGACCAGACCAUUGUUUCGGGUCCUAAAUCAGCACUAAGGCCAGAUCUUCAAGCCCACAUAGCCACAGUUAUUGAUGAACUUGGGAGAGCCUCAGCAAAGGCCCAACAGCUGCCAGCAGCUAUAACAAGUGCCUCUAAGCUGCAGACCCAGAGGCAUCAGCUCUACCUGCUGAAGGAUGGAGAGAGCAAUGGAGGACGUGGCGUGGUGGUGGGAUUUCUCAAGGUUGGCUACAAGAAGUUAUUUCUGCUCGACCGACAGGGUGAGCACGUAGAGGCAGAGCCGCUGUGUGUUUUGGAUUUCUACAUAGCAGAGAACAUGCAGCGACAUGGCUACGGGCUGGAGCUCUUUGAUUUCAUGUUGCAGCACAAGAAUUUAGAGCCGGUUCUGAUGGCGUACGACAGGCCCUCGCCUAAAUUCCUGUCUUUCUUGGCAAAGCAUUACUGCCUGACACCAAGUGUUCCUCAGGCCAAUAACUUUGUGGUGUAUGAGGGCUUCUUCCGCAACAGAUCAGGCUCGCCCUCCUCUCCUCUGACGGAUCAGGGGAUGUACGGCUUUUUCGGCUCAGUUGAGAAAGGUUCCCCUAAAAAAGCCAGAUGGAGAGAUCAAACCCUACUCUUUAAUGGCGAGGGAAGUGGUACGUCAGGAAGAGCGGGCUCGUCCCUGGCCGUUUGCUCCUCCUCACUCCCCCCAGCGGUCGGUAUCCUCCCAGUGCUCCCAGUCCCUCAGCGUGGAAUCCUCCCCCAGCAGAACGCCCCCACGAGCCGCUCCAGCUUCCUCCCCUGGGAGCAACAGGGACCAGAGCCCACAGUCCCCUCUAAUCGAGCGCUGCAGAAUAAGACGCACCAGCCAACAGGGUCUAGUUGCCAGAUACAGCCUGUACAGCCGGCACAUGGACAGCAGAGCUGUUGGACUGCUGGACAGACCAUUGCCAGAAAGAAGAGCCCUGCUCUCCUUCCUCAUGUGGUAGUACCUUGUGCCUCCUCAGGUCUGAGACCAGUGGGGGAUCAGCCACACGCACUGGGAUACACAGACACACACAGGUUGGCCAGUAGUCACAGACCACAAAGCAGGUCCCAGCCUCUCACACUUCCACCUCUGUUUGCAUCCAAGGAUGGCCUCUGCAGCAAGAGGUCCUCAGACAGCAGAGAGACACCCCUGGGUUCAGAUGCUGAAGCCUGUGGUGCUGAAGAGGAGAAGAGGGUGUUGGACAGUGGACAGCCUCCAGCACGAGGCACGUUGGUCAGCCAGGGACACGUGUCGGAGAAGGAGAGCGACAGAAACAGACGAGGCUGGUCGUGGACUGUAGGGGAGAACUGCUACACCGCCCAGUGGGUGAAGAAGAAGCAAGAUAGCAGGAGCACCCGGCCCUGGUGAUCAGGAACUAGUUGUCAUCAAAGUUUAGACAUUAUUUAGUUGUUGCUAAAAAUGGAAAUCUGUGUUGAAUUCUGGAACCAUUCAAUGCUUUCAGAACACAAACAUGUGCCAAGGCAGGAAUUCUUUUUGUGUGUGUGUGUGUGUGUGUGUGUGUGUGUGUGUGUGUGUGUGUGUGUGUGUGUGUGUGUGUGUGUGUGUGUGUGUGUGUGUGUGUGUGUGUGUGUGUGUGUGUGUGUGUGUGUGUUGAUGGGAGGUCUAAUUUAAAAACUUCACUUUAACUAGUUGACCUAACUGGUGCCAGGAACCAAAUAUCAAGGUGUUUCACGACAAGAGCCAUCAGACACCAAUAUCUGUACCCAAUGGAAAACAUUGGUUUAAAGGUGUAUUAAGGCAGCAGUAUUGAGGUCAAAUAGAUAAAACUAAAGUUGCAACCAAUUCAGUUGUGCUAAUUUACAGAUAUAGCCAUCUAUAAUUCCUCAUGCCUCCGUGCUGGGGCUCAGGCAGGACUGUGACUGGUCCCCGGUGGGACCAUGUUCUGACAUUGGCUCAAAUUAAAUCCCCCACUGAUGAAGUAGUGAACGCGGGGCCGACUUGGAAAUCAGUUGCAAUGGUUUAUCUAUCCACGAGAGGGAGCAGUGAUUAUGGACAUGAAGGAUUUUACCCAUAGACUGUAAAAAUAAUGGACGAAGCUUCCGGACCUGAAAAGUGAAGCCAAUGCUGAAGCUCCUUAAAGCUGUAUUCUAUCUGAUUUCCAGC